AAACACUCAACAAUGGCUUCUACAAGCACAACAGCUCCUGGAUCCUCGGACUCAACAUCCACAAGAAGAAACACCAUGUGUAAUGCCUACUACAAAUUUAUGCAGCAAGAACUUCCUGCACAGAGGCCUAUUCUUACGCCUCGAGUGAUUAUUUUAGGAUUUUUUCUUAUUAGUGCUGUCUUCAUUUCAUUUGGAGUUGCUUCACUAAUCGCUUCUAGAAAGGUUGUUGAAAUUGUGUAUGGCUACGAGGCAGAUUGCUUGAGUAAUAUUACAGACAAGGUAGCCUACAUUCAGAAUCCUGGGACGGAUAAAACGUGCAACAUAACACUGAAUGUGCCCAAGAACAUGGAAGCGCCUACUUUUGUUUACUAUCAGUUGGAAAACUUUUACCAGAAUCACAAGCGGUAUGUUCAUAGUCGGAGUAUUAAGCAAUUGAGGAAUGACAAGUAUAUGACCUUAACAGAUGAUUGUAAGCCUGAAGAUGAGCUCAACAGUACUGCUGCAAUUGUACCUUGUGGUCUUGUAGCUUGGAGUUUAUUCAAUGAUACAUACCGCUUCUCCAUCAACGGAAAGAAUUUGAUGGUGAACAAGAGUGGCAUCUCUUGGAAGAGUGAUAGAGAACACAAAUUUGGAAAAGAUGUUUUCCCCAAAAACUUUCAGAACAGUUCUAUAAUAGGUGGUGCUCAUCUUGAUACCUCCAUACCGUUGAGUGGGCAGGAGGAUCUUAUGGUCUGGAUGAGAACCGCUGUCUUGCCGACUUUUAGGAAGUUAUAUGGAAGAAUAGAGGUGGAUCUGAAUGAAGGUGAUACCAUCAACGUGACGAUUCAAAAUCAGUACAACACGUACAGUUUUAAUGGCAAGAAAAAACUCGUGCUGUCAACUACUAGCUGGCUCGGUGGGAAGAACGACUUCAUUGGCAUUGCUUAUCUCACCGUUGGAGGAGUAUGCUUAUUUUUGUCAAUGUUUUUUACCAUCGGAUAUUUCUUGAAGCCAAGGCAACUUGGAAAUCCUUCUGAUUUAUCAUGGAAUAGGAAGUAAGGUCGAGCCACCUCCUAAAGCAGUUAUAAAUAAACAGCAUUGAAAUAUCAUGUAUCAUAAGUAGUAGUAGUAGUACUAGUCUAUUUGAUGAAUGGUGUGUUUGAUAAGAACUUGUAACUUUCACCUAUUGUUAAGGAGCUUGAGUA